GUAACAGUUACUUGUUUAAACCAAUCACCGUACAUUUUCCGAAAUCGUCCAAUCCACGUUAAGGUUUUCGCCUGUUCCCAAUUGCCCAGGAGAACUAGCUAGCGCGUCCACCAGCCGGAGAGAAGAGCGAUGAAUUCCUUGGAACAGGCCGAAGGUAGUCAACAUGACCUGAAAGCUUUUGAGAGAAGAUUGACAGAAUACGUCUCCUGUUUGCAACCUGCAACCGGGAGGUGGCGAAUGAUUCUAAUAGUGGUCUCAGUUUGUACGGCGACUGGAGCCUGGAACUGGUUGAUAGACCCUGACACUCAGAAGGUGUCUUUCUUCUCAUCGUUGUGGAACCAUCCGUUCUUCACCAUCAGCUGCAUUACUUUGAUCGCUCUGUUCUUUGCUGGAAUACACAAACGAGUCGUUGCACCAUCAAUUAUUGCAGCUCGCUGUCGGACAGUUUUAGCUGAAUACAACAUGUCCUGUGAUGAUACGGGGAAACUAAUUCUCAAACCACGGCCACACAUCCAAUAACCACAAACUCUUGGGGGUGGGGGGGGGAAUAAAAUGUUCUUAAUGACUAUGUUGAUUGCCACUAAACGACAGACUGACACAAGGACCAGAAUCCUGUUUGGAGCAUCUGAAACAACGUAAGAAGGAAGGAGAUUAGGGAAAUACUGAGGGGUGUUUAUGUUGAUGUGCUCCAUUAUGUAUUAAUGAAGGAUUGUGAGGGGAGAGGACAUCAACUGCCUUUUUAACAGCAUCUCAGUCAGUGUUACGGUCGCCCUUAAAGCUGCUUCUGGGCUCACACACCCUUUGACAUAACUCAUUCGCCAUGAGUUCAGAUGUUCAUUUCUAAUGAUGACAUGCAUUUUGUUUUAGAGAUCUUUCUAUUUUUAAACUAAUGGUUAUAUACCUAAUAAAUACUUGUGUGAA